AGGCGGAUCUGUGUCGCCGUGCAGGAAGGACAACCUUCAAAAUAAAGCACAGUGAUGAGCUAAAGGCUCCGGAUUGGACCAAACAGGGAGAAAAGCAAAGCAGGAAGCGCGACCAGCUGCAGGGACGUCGGUGAUGAGAAUCAGGCGACUCCUCAGCUCAUGAAGUAGCGGUUCGUCAACAGCGUUUGGUCAGAAACGAGCUGAGAGGAACCAGGCGGCGGGCGGACUGAAGUUUGGGCGGGAUGGCGGCGGUGGUGCUGAAGCGGCAGGGCCUCGGGCUGCUCCGGGCCUUCAUGGUGCUGCUGGGAGUGUCGGCGCUGUGCAGCGUCGCGUUGGGAACCCGGAGAGGAAACGCUGCUCUGGACCAGAGAGGCCACAGACACAGACAUCCAGGUCAGGUGUCGCUGCACAGACACCGGCAGCGGGCGGGAAAGGAAGGCCAGGUGCUGCACCGGUCCAAACGAGGCUGGGUCUGGAACCAGUUCUUCGUCAUCGAGGAGUACACCGGGCCCGACCCGGUUCUGGUGGGCAGGCUCCACUCAGAUGUCGACUCGGGCGACGGCAACAUCAAGUACAUCCUCUCCGGUGAAGGCGCGGGAACCAUUUUCGUCAUCGACGACAAGACGGGCAACAUCCACGCCACCAAGACGCUGGACCGCGAGGAGCAGGCCCAGUACACGCUGACGGCGCAGGCCGUGGCCAGAGACACCAUGAAGCCUCUGGAGCCGCCGUCGGAGUUCAUCGUCAAGGUUCAGGACAUCAACGACAAUCCCCCCGAGUUCCUGCACGGACCGUACUACGCCAGGGUGCCCGAGAUGUCCAACGUCGGUACGUCGGUGAUGCAGGUGACGGCGACGGACGCCGACGACCCCACGUACGGUAACAGCGCCCGGCUGGUCUACAGCAUCCUGCAGGGUCAGCCCUACUUCUCUGUGGAGCCUCAGACAGGUAUAAUCCGCACGGCGCUGCCCAACAUGGACCGCGAGGCCCGGCAGGAGUACGACGUGGUGAUCCAGGCCAAGGACAUGGGGGGGCACAUGGGCGGCCUGUCGGGAACCACCGAGGUCAAGAUCACGCUCACCGACGUCAACGACAACCCGCCCAAGUUCCCUCAGAGUGUGUACCCCAUGUCCGUGUCGGAGGAUAAAGUCCCGGGUGAGGAGGUGGGCCGGCUGAAGGCCAAAGACCCCGACAUGGGGGACAACGGGAUGGUGAACUACCGGCUGGUGGACGGAGACGGGAUGGGCCUGUUCGAACUGACCACCGACUCCGAGACCCGGGAGGCUGUGAUCAAACUCAAGAAGCCGGUGGACUUUGAGACGAAGCGCUCGUACACCCUGAAGGUGGAGGGGUCCAACCCCCACGUCGACCCCCAGUUCCUGGCCUGGGGGCCCUACAAGGACGAAGCCACCAUAAAGAUCUCGGUGGAGGAUGCAGACGAGCCUCCCGUCUUCGUCGCUCCCAGCUACACGUUCGAGGUGGAGGAGAACGCGCCUCAAGGAACCCCGGUGGGUCGAGUUCACGCCAAGGACACCGACGUCGCCAACAACCCCGUCAGGUACAUGAUCCCGCGCUACACCGACGUGGAACAGUUCUUCAGCAUAAACUCGGAGGACGGAAUGAUCACCACGACUCGCCCGCUGGACCGAGAGGCUCAGGCCUGGCACAACAUCUCGGUGUCGGCCACGGAGAUCGGAGGCCACCACCAGGACACCAAGGUGCGCGUCAACAUCCGAGUCAAAGACAUCAACGACAACCCGCCGGAGUUUGCGACCAACAACGAGGUCCUGAUGUGCGAGAGCGUCGCCCCGGGGAAGGUAAUCGAGACGGUGAGCGCCGUGGACAAAGACGAGAUGGCUCACCGGCAGCACUUCACCUUCAGCCUGGCGCCGGAAGUCGCCCACAACCACAACUUCUCGCUCAAAGACAACAGAGACAGCUCAGCCAGCAUCUAUGUGCUGCGUAAAGGAUUCAGCCGACUAACGCAGGACGUUUACUACCUUCCCAUCGAGAUAAACGACAACGGCUUCCCGGCGAUGAGCAGCACCAACACUCUGACCAUCAGAGUGUGUUCCUGCGACAGCAGAGACACCAUCCUGUCCUGCAACGUGGAGCCGUACGUCCUGCCUGCCGGCCUCAGCACCGGAGCCCUGAUCGCUAUCCUGGCCUGUAUCGUCAUUCUGCUCGCGAUCGUGGUGUUGUUUGUCGCGCUGAGGCGUCAGAAGAAGGAGCCGCUGAUCGUGUUUGAGGAGGAGGACAUCAGGGAGAACAUAAUCACUUAUGACGACGAAGGAGGCGGCGAGGAGGACACCGAGGCCUUCGACAUCGCAACGCUGCAGAACCCCGACGGUGCCAACGGGUUCCUGCCGAGGAAGGACAUCAAACCGGAGCUCCAGUAUCCCAUCAGGCCCGGCGGCCGUCCCGCAGCCAACAGCGUCGACGUCGACGACUUCAUCAAGACCCGGAUCGCGGAGGCCGACAGCGACCCGACGGCGCCGCCCUACGACUCCAUCCAGAUCUACGGCUACGAGGGCCGGGGUUCGCUGGCCGGGUCUCUGAGCUCCCUCGAGUCCGUCACCACGGAGUCGGACCUGGAUUACGACUACCUGCAGAGUUGGGGGCCGCGGUUUAAGAAGCUGGCAGACUUGUACGGGACCAAAGACUGCUGCAUGAACGAUGUGGACGACGGCGAGGACUCUUAACAGCGGUCUCACCGAGUGGACGCCUCCAAACCCGGUCCGAUUCCGCGAGGAUUCGCUAACGGAGGGUUCCCGACCGACCGAUCAGUUCAUGCCAAUUCGUCACCGAACGCUAAACAGCCCUCCUCCUGCUCCUCCUCCAAGUCGCUUCGUUAACGGACACAUAACGAACGACUGGACUGUUCCCAAACUUCUUCCUCCGCCUCCCGCCGUCUCGUUCCCUCCCUCUGUUCCCACAGACUCGAGCAUCGCAGGGCUGGAGAUUUGUUCUGUCACUAGUUUGUCUGUUUGGGAGUAAAUUUGAUGGAAAAAUUGUUGCUGUAUGAUCAAAACGACUUGCUUAUAGCAAACUGUUUAGUUUAUUAGAGGUUCUAUAUGCUUUUGUGGACUGGAUUCUUCCUCGGCGCUUCCUGGGAGAGAUUUUAUUCCCUUCGCAGGCUCCUGAGCGGAGUGUUUUUACUUUAGUCGCCCUCUCAACGAAAGAGAGGAAAUACAAGUAAGAAUAAGUUUGUAUGUGAUCCAGCAACUGCCUGAGAAAUGAAACAUAAAAGACGUGUCAGUCGGGUCAAGCGGUUCAAACAAGAUGAUUUCUUUUUUUUAAGUUGUUGUGUGUGUGCCGAAUCCAGCAGGUCCUGUUGUUAGACGGCGUGACCGACUCUGGGUUGUUGAUGCUCUGAAGGCGCUCGCAGCUUCUUCACAGUAUGGUGGCCUUAUAAUAAAUAACCAACAACUCCAGGGGUAAACACAGCAGGAGGGAGCACAGAGACCGCUAGCUUCAGUAGCUGCACGGACGAACCAACACGACUGCGAAUCUGUGAAAACGCUGCACAAACGCAACCGUUUUGUUUUUUCUAAAAAAAAAAAGAGAGACCGACUCGACGCGGAUUCAAUUACAAAACUGUGGAUGAUUCUUCGUUUUCAUUCUUCACUGCAGAGAAGACGUGAAAAGAAAAGCCGCCCACAUCCUCCCCCCCACUGUGUCCCCCUUCCUCCCCCCCUUCAUCCCUCACCUGUCCACCAAUGAAUGAUCACUUCCUCAUUUGGAGUCCACCAAUGAUGAUCAAUCAGUAAAAGAAAAAAGAAAAAAAACCUGUGAGCUCUAAAAAUCGCCUUAAACUUUAACGGACACUCUUUGCAACGCAGUGCAUUCUCUUGUUUUUGUUUUUAUUUUUUUUCUCCUCCUCCUUUUUUUCCUUUUUUUUGUAACUUGAAAAGUAUAUCCAGAACGCAAACUAUUCUCCAUGUUAGGUGUGUACAGAGCAGACGUGUGGUACUUCACUGAGGAUCGCUCUUGGAUCAGGAUCGGCCGCUGCUGCCUGCUCCGUGCACGCCGGCCGGUCGAACGCGUUUCCACGGCGGCGGCGGCGGCGUCUGUUGUAUCAACACGUGUCGCUCUCCCAACACAAGCCCAGUUUUCUGAGCCUCGUGCACGGAGGCCGACAGCAGGGCGUCCUUUUUAAAGAGUUCUUGUUCAAUCUCUUUUUUAAUGUUAUUAUAUUAUUAUGAUUAUUAUUAUUGUUGUUUUCUAUGAUUAUUAUUAUUAUUAUUAUUAUUAUCAUUAUUAUGCCAAUAAUUGUUCUUUCAUUGGCUGCAGCUACACAGGAACUCGUUCAACUCUUUGCAGCUCACGUUUGCCCGAACAUGGAGAGACUACCGAGUAAUCAAGUUUCAUUUCGGGCUAAAAAUCUGCUGCCAAAAGUUAAAUCUGAGCUCUGUGUGAAUACAACCUCUCUCAUUUCUUUGGUUUUUAGUUUUUCUUUUCUUCAUUAUUUGGCGUUUCUUCGUCGUUUCUCCCUGUUCGAGAGGAAAACUAGCAAUCUGUGUUUGUUGCAGUGAGAGAACGCCUCGUUUUUAUUCUCUGUCAAGUUUUAUGGUACCGAUUUGUACAAUUUUAAAAGUUCUUAUUUUAGUAUACAUGCAGAAUAUUCCAGUAUUACAACAAAAACAUGUUAAGAAAAAUAAGAUUAAAAAAAAUGUUACAGCAUCACACUUAUAUUUUCUGAACAUUGUACUGUUGCUUUACUAUGUGCUUCAAUCUCCGAAGCGAAAAAAAAAACUUUGAAAUAAAUGCUCUUUUUAUAAAAUGA